UGUGAAUCCAUGUCGAUUUGUUUGCGACGCUUUUUUUUUGUCUCCUGUUAAACAAGUAGCUCGACUCCGCUUGUCUCUAUUUUCUAAUAUGUCAAUGAAGGCGGUAAAGAUACUCGACUACGGUGAUUCCAGCAACCUUAGCUAUGAAGAUGCCCCUAUUCCGGAACCAGGGAAGGGCGAGGUAUUGGUGAAAAAUCAUUUUGCUGGCUUAAACUUCAUUGACGUUGCUGUCAGAAAAGGAGAAAUGAAACCAGUGCAACCUGGAGGAAUUCUUGGAUUUGAAGGAGCUGGAACAGUGGAAAAACUGGGUUCUGAUGUUCAGGGCUUGUCUGUUGGUGACAGAGUUGCUUUUGGCUUUAUUGGCGCAAAUGCAUAUGCCCAGUACAGUAAAGUGCCUGCUGAACGUGCUGUCAAAGUACCUGACCAACUCACCAUGGAGCAGGCAGCCAGCACCUUAUGGCAAGGAUUCACAGCCCAUGCCUUUGCCCGUUCUUCUUACCCAAUCAAAGCUGGGGACAAAAUUCUGGUUCAUGCCGCGGCAGGUGGAGUGGGAAACUUAAUCAUUCAGAUUGCAAAGAAUGCAGGAGCGUUUGUGAUUGGAACAACUAGCACCGAGGCCAAAGCAGCAAUAGCGAAGGAGGCUGGGGCAGAUGAGGUCAUCCUUUAUUCACAGAAAGACUUUGUUGAAGAGGUUAACAGGAUCACAGAUGGUAAAGGAGUGAAUGCUAUUUAUGAUGGUGUCGGGAAAACGACAUUCCUUAAAAAUUUUGACUGCCUGGCACGGAGAGGAACUGUUGUAGCAUUCGGUGCUGCUUCAGGUCCGGCUGACCCGCUGAACCCCCGUGUUUUAGGCAAAGGCUCCUUUUACCUAACAUUCGCUGCCUUCAUUCACUUUGUGGACGAUCCAGCGGAGUAUAAGCAGAGAGCUACAGAACUGUUUUCUUGGUUGACAGAGGGAAAGCUCAAAUUUAGCGGGGGAAUCACAGUUCUUCCUCUGUCUGACGCCAAGAAGGCCCAUGACAUGUUGGAGGGAAGAAAGACCACCGGAAAAGUUCUUCUCCAGCCUUGAUAGCCGAGUGAAAUCAAGGUGCAGCUGCUGUCCAGCCCAUAACCAGUAAAUGGCUGUCUAUACUACUCAAUAUUAAUUUAUGUUACCCCGAUGUUUUCAGUUGGUCAAAUUAGAAAGCGCUUUAAAAGCACCAGGACACCCUUAGAAGCAGAGAGCAGUGGUAAAGUCAUUAAUGUAACUCAGGUUUGGAGGAAAAUAAAGUGAGACUUCUACUAUCUUUCUAAGUGGGUGUGUAAUAGUACAAAGUUUCCCUGUAAAAGAUGACAGAAUAAAUGUUGUGAUUCUUUCA